AUGGCUUAAUAAUUAGUAUAAAGGUAUGAUGCAGAUGAAAACUUGUCUAAAUUUCUUAAUAAGGAAUUAGGAAAAUCAAUCAAGUUCUAAAAAAAACAUGUAAUUCUAAAAUUUUAUAGAGUAGGAAAAAGAACUCAAUAAUUUAUUAGCUUACUAAUAAUUAAUAAAAGAUGAGAAAUUAAAGAAUGAAAAUAAAUUACACUAAAUGUUUUAUAAGGAGAAAUUGAUUGAUCAUUAAAAAAAAUAAAAGGAUGACUUUGUAAUAAUUCAUCUUAUUUUUAGCUGAAAGAAUAAAAAGUCAACAAAGAUCAUUAAUUUCUAUAUAAAUAAAAGGAAAAUGAUUAUAUUAAUUCUUUGGAUGCAAGUUGGUGCUUUUAUUAAGAUUAUUCUCCAUCAAAAGAUAUGAAACCAUUGAAAGUAGAUGCUGAAAGAGAGAAGGUUCUUCGAUUCUUAUUCAAAUAACUUUAAACAACUACUGAUAAUGUUGAAAGAGCACUUAUUAAAAAGAAGAUUAAUAAGUUUAGGGAUUCUGAAGUAUAAUAAUACAUUAUAAUUUUAAUAGAUUUCUAAAAAGAAACUAGAUUACAUUGAUCAUAAAAUAGAAUAUGCAAAAUAAGUUAGAAGUGAAUCUCUCGAUAGAUCUAUUGAUAAGAUUAGAAUGCAUGAUAUGCAUAUUAUUGAUGUUUAAGAAAAAAAUAAUCUUAUAAAUUAAGAGAAACAAUCAUAUUAUAAUGACAAAAUAAAUUAAAUUGAAUAGAAGAUAUAAAUGAUAGAGAAACAACAAUAACGUAAUAAAUUAAAUAGAUUGAAUAUUGAAUAAUAAAAAGAUGAAUAUCGAUAAGCAGUAAGAUCUAAUUCUCAAACUCUUAUACAUCAAAAGGAAUUAAUAAAUUAAAAUCAUUUUAGUGAGAAAAUUUAUAAAUUAAACUUCCUUGUUGAUUAGAAAUAGAAAUUAUUGAAAUAAAGAUAAGAAUUAUUAGAUGCAUUGAAUUAAAAAAGACUCAUUGCUCGACAAUCUUUGGAUGAUGUUAAAUAUCCUCAGAUAAACUCGAAUAAUUAUAAAGCAGUCAAUUAUUGA